AACAAUUAUCAUCGGUAAAUGGAAGUGAAAAUGAUGAUUAUAAUGCAAGUUUACUUGAUGUUGAAUCUAAUUUUGGUGGAAAACGUUCGGAUGGAAUAGAAAUAUGUGUAACAGAAUUUACUGAAGUUACAUCUGAACAUGAAGAUGAUUCUAAUAAUCAAUUUAAAAUUCCACGAAUUCAAUCAGACCUGAAACUUAAGAGUAGGCAAGAUGAAAAAACAAUCAUGAAUCCAAAUUUAGAAAUAACGUCAAAUAAUAUAACGGUACCUGUUCUUGUUAUAUCUAAAGCUGAUGAUGGAUUGGAUUCGGGAGAGAAAACAAGUGCAAGUGAUGAUCUUAGUGACUACUUUGUUGAUGCCGAGGAAUGGAGUC